AUGUCAGUUGAAGAAGUUAGUCAAAAGGUUCAAGAAGUUCAAAUCAACGAUGGUGCUACAAAGACAACAGUAUUGAGCGACCAGAGCAACUUUGAAGUUAAACACCCAUUGAACACUAAAUGGACACUUUGGUAUACGAAGCCAGCAAUCGAUAAGAGUGAAUCAUGGUCAGACCUAUUGCGUCCUGUAACUUCAUUCCAAACUGUGGAAGAGUUCUGGGCCAUUGUGCAAAAUAUACCAGAACCUCAUGGACUACCACUGAAAUCUGAUUAUCACGUCUUUAGAAAUGACAUUAGACCUGAAUGGGAAGAUGAAGCCAAUGCUAAGGGUGGUAAGUGGUCAUACCAAGUGAGAAUUAAGAGCGCAGAUAUUAAUGAAUUGUGGUUAAGAACCUUAUUAGCCGUUAUUGGUGAAACAAUUGAUGAAGAUGAUUCUCAAAUCAACGGUGUUGUGUUGAACGUGAGAAAGGGUGGUUACAAGUUUGCUUUGUGGACGAAAUCAGAAGACAAGGAACCACUGUGUAACAUUGGUGCAAGGUUUAAGCAAGUGCUAAAGAUUGGUGACGAUGAGAAAAUUGAAUUCUUCCCUCACAGUGAUGCUAAUGGAAAACACCACCAACCAACAAUCACUUUGUAA